AGCUCGUUUAUACAAGCAACAUUAAAUCGAUGUUUUUCAGCAACAUUCUUAGUAGUGUACUCACGCGCGUAGUAGUAAGCAGUAUGAAACAAACACACAAACACAGGUACAGUACUCGUACUCGUCAAAACUAUACCGACGCUAACAGAAGACCGUACACAUUGCGGUACGCACCGAAAGAUGUGAAGGAGCAGGAGUCGAAGGUAAUAUCGACUAACCGUAAGGAUGCAAAAGCGAUAGCAGUGGCAAAGCUACAGGCAGGUGAAGUGAUUGCAAUUCCCACAGAUACCGUGUAUGGGCUUACCUGCAGUGCCAACAAUCCGGAAGCAAUACACCGGUUGUACAAUAUUAAGGGCCGGCAUGAGCUAAAACCCGUCGCCAUUUGUGUGGCCAGCAUAGAGGAUGUGCGGCAGUGGGGCGAAACGGACCAUCUAAAUGAUGAGCUUUUGGGUGAACUUUUCCCCGGAGCGGUAACGCUCGUGGUGCGAAGAUCGUCGAAAUUAAACAAUCCCGCACUGAACCCGGGUGUGGCAAACAUUGGCAUAAGAAUUACCGAAAACAAAUUCAUACAGCAUGUGUGUGAAGCGUUUCAGCAGCCGAUAGCACUGACCAGUGCUAACAAAAGCUCCAGCAAAAGCACACUGAAUGUGGAAGAGUUUAAAGAACUGUGGUGUGAGCUGGGGGCCGUGUUCGAUGGAGGUCAGUUAGGUUUGUCGGAGGAGCAAAGGGCCGCAUCCACGGUGAUCGAUCUAUCCGAACCGGAGCGCUACAAGAUCAUUCGUUGGGGUGUUUCAGUGGAAAAAAUUAUUAAAACAGUUGAAAGGCAUAACUUUCGAGCAGUGGAGUAGCAGAGAGUUUGGUCUUAUCUGUUUGUCAUGUCAAUAACAGCGCAUAGCUCGAACACACUCGAACAAAAUCGAACAAUGCUAUGCACUUUCCCGGCUCUUCCAGUAUUGCAGUUACACUAACAUGCAUGGUUCAAUAGAAACACUAAUUAAAAAAGCAAAAUAAUAUGGUUCCUCCUGCUGUCCUUUGAACGGUAAAAUCAAGCGUAUCUAACCCGGCUUUACUUAAUAAAAUGUUAAAAUAAAACAAAUGGCACUACAUAACAUUGCAUAACGAUUAACAAUUGCUGCAUACAUACAGUACCUACAAGUAGAUGCUUAAAACACUCCCUUAUCAAUUAAUCCUUCACAAACAAUACCACAACACUUAUAUAAAGCAAACAAGUGUGUCGAUCAAUAAUACCAAGGCUUUGUCGCCUACAGAUAACAGGUAAGUAUCAUUGCUUCAUGAACUUAUACAAUGGUGCUACAGUGCUGUGGCAGCGAGACUAAAGGCAAAAGUGUCUCAAACCGCUGAUCAACUACUUGAACUUCUUCUUCUUUUCUUCCUUUUGGCACAACAACCGUUGUCGGUCGGGGCUUGGUUUUCAGUGUCUUAUUGGCUACCAAUAGCAGGAUAGUUAGUCCUACUACUAGCAGGAGGCACGGUCCAUUUAGGGCUUGAACCCAUGAUGAGGGCAUGGAGUGAUGUUUUCGUUUUCCCACUCUUACCAAACACAUCAACAGGCUCGGAGUGAUCAUCAUCAUCAAUAGGUUUGGAGGACCCACUACCGUUUUUUUUAAGCCAAGAGUGUCCUUGCCAUGCCAUGUCCUUGAAAAUCAAUUAUUUGUUUAUUCAGAAUUUUAAAAAUAUAUAUAUAAUUUCACUUGCUCA